AUGGCUCCCAAUCGUUCCAUGGAGUCGCGCACUGGUCGGGUCAAUCAACGCUACGGAUCCAAAGGCGAACGUCUCGUGGCCGGCAUGGUCCCCCUAUCUACAGAUAAAACAAAAGUCCUGAUGAUCCAGUCAUCAGGCCCUGGCGGAUGGGUGCUUCCCAAAGGUGGUUGGGAAACAGACGAAGACAGUGCCGCACAGGCGGCGCUUCGGGAGGCCUGGGAAGAGGCCGGUGUGAUCUGCACCGUCUCAAGAGAUCUGGGCCUCAUCUCCGACAUGCGUCCUUCCACAUUGUUGACCGCCAAUGCACCAAAGGCGUCAUAUCAGUUUUUCGAGGCUACUGUCGACCGGGAAGAGGUGGAGUGGCCGGAGAUGCACAAACGUGCUCGGAGAUGGGUUGACUAUGCGGAAGCCGCCCAAGCUCUCGCAUGUCGACCGGAGAUCUUGGAAGCAUUAAAUCGCAGUUCCAUGAUUCGGUAG